UGCAGGAUAGUGAUAUAGUUUCAGACAUGGAAGCAGCAACAGGCGGCGGAGCGGUGGGGACUGCAUCGUCCGCCACAUCGCCACCGCCUUUUCUUAGCAAGACUUAUGAUAUGGUGGACGAUCCAGCUACCGAUGCCGUCGUCUCCUGGAGCCGGAGCAACAAUAGCUUCGUCGUCUGGAACGUACCCGAAUUCGCCAGAGACCUUUUGCCUAAAUAUUUCAAGCACAAUAAUUUCUCCAGCUUCGUUCGUCAGUUGAACACUUAUGGCUUCAGGAAAGUUGAUCCAGACCGUUGGGAAUUUGCGAAUGAGGGUUUUCUCAGAGGUCAAAAGCAUCUACUGAAGAGCAUAAAUAGGCGUAAAGCUUCUCAAGCACAAGGCCAACAACAACCUGCCCAAAUUCAUAGUUCAUCUGUUGGAUCAUGCAUUGAAGUGGGAAAGUUUGGGAUAGAGGAAGAGGUGGAAAGGUUGAAAAGAGAUAAGAAUGUUCUCAUGCAGGAACUUGUCAGGUUAAGGCAGCAGCAACAAUCAACAGAUCAUCAGUUGCAAACUGUUGGGCAGCGUGUUCAUGUGAUGGAGCAGCGGCAACAACAAAUGAUGUCAUUUCUGGCAAAAGCUGUGCAGAGCCCUGACUUUGUAGCGCAGCUUGUACAUCAACAGAAUGAAGGCAACAGGCACAUUUCUGGUAGUAAUAAGAAAAGAAGACUCCCCAAUCAGGAUGAAGAAAAUCUGGCAGACAAGUUUGGAAUUGCAUCCUCCAACGGACAGAUUGUCAAGUACCAGCCCCUGAUGAAUGAAGCUGCAAAGGCAAUGGUAAGCCAAAUCCUGAAAAUGAAUACAUCUGGUAGGCUUGAGUCAAAAAUGAGCAGCCCAAAUAGUUUCUUGAUUGACAGUUUGCAUCCUCCAUCCAAUGUAUUAGAUAGUGGUAGUUCAUCUAAUAGAGUCUCUGGGGUGACUCUAUCAGAGGUCUUUCCUACUUCGACUGGCCUAAAUGAGAUCCAAUCUUCCUGCAACUUGGCACAUGGAAAUGAUCAUGAUACUCUAAUGGAUUUUGUUCAAGGACAAGGAAGCUUUCCAGAAAAGAAACUUGACCUUCCUGAUGAGCCAUUGAAGGUAACCAUGUCUACGGAUAUGGGGUAUGUGAAUCCAAUCUCUGGAUUUGUUGGGGACCCUGUAUCUGUUGCAACUGAUGAAUCUUCCGUAGAUGAUGGUGUGGAUGUCUUGUUUGAUGAUGUCCAUAAGCUUCCAGGUAUAGAAGAUGUCUUCUGGGAACAAUUUCUUUCAGGCAGUCCUCUUACUGGAGAUACUGACGAGAUAGAUUCUGGCACUUUGGGACUUUGUACUGGCAAGGAUAAGCAGCUUGAGCAAGGCAGUGAAUGGGAUAAGAUGAAACAUAUGAAUAAUCUUACUCAACAGAUGGGGCUUCUUGCACCAACAUCCAAGAGUGCGUGACUCUUGGUUGAAAAUCUUAUAUUUCAGUGCUUUUUAGAGGCUUAAUGUAAUUGUAGUCUCAGUUUGCUUGAUGACUCAUGGGCCAUUUAUGGUGUCUGCAGUUACCAAUUACUAUGGUGCCUCCGAAUGCUAAUAUUCCAUUUUAUGACCUUCAUAUGUGCAUGUAUGCAAGACUUACCAAUAGAUGGUAAAUGUGAAGAUAUAAGCAUGUCAACUGGAAAUGUUGUGAUGCAAAGAACGAAAUGUAUACUUGUUUAUAUGUUUCAAAAUGAUUUGUGUAUAGUCUGAAAUGUGUUUUGCGUA